AGUCAGGGCUCUAAAGUCCGUCCACAUCAAACAAAAGUUGCUAGGGAACGGAUAAAAACAAACGGUCUGUGUGGCCAAGUGAGAAAUGCGUUGACACUCCAACAGCUUGGAUUCAGACUCUUUCUUGUGGCUGUUUUUAACAAGAACAAUUCUUUCAUGGUCUGUGAUGCCGUCAGUCCAAAGAUCCAGCCUCAUUAAUCCUGCAGUAUGGCCAAGAAGAAGAAAGGCGGUAAAAAGCCCAAGCCGCUUACUCUGAAAGCGGUUCAGAAAUGCGUGGACCUGACGCUGGACGGCAGACGGAGGCUGGACCUCAGCUACAAAGGCCUCACCACGGUGCCUGCUUGUGUCCAAAGGGUGAUGGACAUUGGUGAACUGAAUCUGAGCAGGAACCUGCUGAAGAAGCUCCCACCUUUCAUAGAACACUUCGACAACGCCACGGUGUUGGAUCUGCACAGCAACUAUCUAGAUGAAAUCCCUCAAACCAUCAAAAGCCUUACGGGUCUGACAGUCUUGAACCUGUGCAACAACCGUCUGACGAGCCUCCCUAUCGAGAUCGGCAAGCUGAGCAAUCUCCACAUCCUGAACCUGGGACUCAAUCUGCUGAAAGCCCUGCCCAACUCCAUCGGCCACCUGAAGGAGCUGCGCUACCUUGGGCUGUCCUACAACCACUUCGUCGUUGUGCCCACCUGCAUCGGCAAGCUGAAGAAGCUGGAAAAGGUCAACCUGGAAGGGAACCCCAUCAAGUACCCGGAGGUGCCUGGAGUCAAGAAGUGGUCGAAAUCGGACCGUUUCCACGUGGUCAAGGAGAGCCUUCUGUGUCGGAAUUGCCUGGAGACUUUUCAAAUCGAAAGGGAGAAGUUGAACUGCACGGACGGCUACGACAUCUAGCCGCCCGACAGGGUGGGGGAAAGGAGUUGGUUGACUUUUAAAAUGCAAUCACGCAACUCACAAUGAAGUGAGUGAGAGCAUUAUUUAUCCUCGAUCCAUUUUUACAGUGGAUACAUGUAAUGCUGGUUGGGUGAGAGUUGCUUUGGGUUUUUGUUAAAGCACAUCUAAUAUGAAUUAAUAUACACCAAUUUAAUAAACUAUUUGGUUUUUAUGCCAACACGAAUAAAAAUGAUUUUCAGAAAUAAUCAAAUAUUGGAAGAAUAUUUAAUUGAAAAUUUAAGGAUUUAAAAAAAAAUAGUAAUAUUAUACACUAACAUUUAAGCUGGUAUAAAAUGUAAGGAUGAACCGACGUGAAACUUUGGGCCAAUAUCCGAAAUUAGAUAUUUACUGACAUAUAUAUUUUAAUACCUUUUCGAGACCUUGGGGGGCUGGGGGGAAACGACUUCAGCACUUUUUCUCUGCUUCAGGUAAACUUCCCACAAUACCUUGCUGCAUCAGCAAAGGAUGACCAAUCUGUUCUUACAUUUCUUUAGAUUUUUUGGAAUCUUUUUAGCCAACUUUAGGAUGCAUUUUCUGCAUUCUACAUCUGUGGUAGUAAUCUGCAGAGAAAAUUGCAUAUCUACUUAGGGCCACAUUACUUUGGACAGAUCUUUUUGUUCUGUAAGACUUUCCAAACACCAGUGGAUCACCGUGUUCAUGGAGGCUCGACUGUGUAUGUCAUAAUGCUCAAAGCCUCACAUCUGAGAUUAAAGAACAUUUUCUAAGGCUCAAAAGACUUAAAGACAUAAGCGCUUUAAAUGUUACGCUGCAUGUUUAAUGAAGCUAGAUAUAUAAGCUUAACUUUUUUAAAUAAAAGUUUUUUUUUUUAAAUAGGUUUUCUGUAAUAUUUUAAAUCAAAUAUUUGAUAUUUAAAACGCAGCACAGCAUGUUUCGAUAGUUGUAAUCCACUAGAGGGCAGCAAAGGCUGCAGACGCUUUUGGUUACUACCACCUUAUUAGAUUAUUUGCAAUAAAAAUCCAAUCACA